CAACGCCUUGAAUCUAUGCGAGAUAUGUAUGGGGCGGAUCAGCUUAGUCCUUGUGAUGAUCCAAUGAUGGAAGCGCAACGCCUUGAAUCCAUGCGAGAUAUGUAUGGGGCGGAUCAGCUUAGUCCUUGUGAUGAUCCAAUGAUGGAAGCGUUAAUGGGCACAGAUCCAUUCUAUGAUAGAUUCCCGUGGUUUAGAAUGAUUGGCAGGUAA